CGAACCGAGUAGAAACAGAGCAGAGUACGGAACUCCUGCGCCUGGCGUCGCUUGAACUCUAUAUAGCGAUCGUAACUUUCCCCCUUACCUCCGAUGACUUCUUUGCCACAAGUGCGCAAAGUAUUACGAUUCGCAACAGAUCUGGUUCUGCGUGGGUAUGGCGAUGAGACUUACAUGGACGAAGUUGGAGAACUUUCGCCGACGUUAAAGUGGAGUUUGUCGCCUCUCUUAAAGGCAUUGUGGAUUACUGAAACACAGCAGAACUAACUGCGGAGUGACCUUUGGCGUCUGUUUAUUGGGGAACAUUCACCGUGGUAGAGUUGUGCCGAGGCCCGAAACCGUGAAGUCUUUAGCCGCCGAGAUGGGGAGCAAAGCCCUGCCCGCUCCGAUCCCUCUCCACCCGUCUCUCCAGCUCACCAACUAUUCCUUCCUGCAGGCGGUCAACGCCUUCCCGGCCGCCGUCGACCAGCUCCAGGGACUGUACGGCCUUAGCGCGGUGCAGACCAUGCACAUGAACCACUGGACACUAGGCUAUCCGCACAUGCAGGGACUGAGGUCGACUAUCACUGAGAUGGCUGCCGCUCAGGGCUUAAUGGAUCCCCGGUUUACCUUCACGGGGCUACCGUUCGCCGCACACCUCUUCCACCCCAAACAAGGCAUUACUCACUUUAUCCCCGGGCUGCACAAGGACCGACCACCGCGCUUUGACUUUGCCAACCUGGCCAUAGCUGCCACCCAAGAGGACCCGCCGAAGGCGGGGGAUCUGUCAAAGUUGACAGCGGGACUCGGGAGCGCGAUCUCUGAGUUCAACAAACUGUCACCUGAUAGGAAACCCACACGUGGAAGGCUUCCGUCAAAGACGAAAAAGGAAUUUAUUUGCAAGUUCUGUGGCAGGCAUUUCACCAAGUCAUACAAUCUUCUGAUCCACGAGAGGACUCACACAGACGAGCGGCCUUAUACCUGUGAUAUCUGCCACAAGGCCUUCCGAAGACAAGACCACCUGAGAGACCACAGAUACAUCCACUCCAAGGAAAAGCCUUUCAAAUGUCAAGAAUGUGGGAAAGGAUUUUGUCAGUCUCGAACUUUAGCCGUUCAUAAAACAUUACAUAUGCAGGAAUCUCCUCACAAAUGCCCCACAUGCGGAAGAACCUUUAAUCAAAGAAGUAACCUGAAAACUCACCUUCUCACCCAUACAGACAUCAAGCCCUACAGCUGUGACCGCUGCGGAAAGGUGUUUCGGCGCAACUGUGACUUGCGACGGCACAGUUUGACGCACACUCCGCAUCAGGACUACUAGGCGAUCUGAGAAGGCUGAUGAACAGCCAAACAAACAGACAAAACAAAACGGACGUUAUUAACAGAGGAGACGACAAAAACAUCGACGAAACGUUUUUACUUUUUCCAUUGAAAGAAUAUAACAAACUGAACUGUGGACAAGCAAUAUUACAAUGGAGUGAUGAACAGUACUGCGUGUCCAGUGAAAGUCAACGAGCCCAGACAGAGACAGACCGCUCUUCCUGCCUCUUCUACCUGUAAAUAUCAAGACUUUUGGAGCCUAUGUAAAUCAUGUCUUUUUUUUGUUUUUUUUUGUUUGUCCUUGAAUUAAAAAGUUGUUUAAAAAAAAAACAACCCUAAUGUUUAAAGUAUGUUAAAUUGUAUUUUAGAAAUAAAGCAAGUUAAAUAUUCCCAUUGGUAAAAAAAAAAAAAAAAAAAGUAUUUGUUUUAUUCCAUUGUUCUUUGCUGCGUAAAAAGGGAAAGGAAUUGGUCAUGACGUGGCGGAAUGAAAAGAGAGUAGAGAACUCCUUCCUACAUCACCACCUUAUCGUCUUUGACACACAAAAACAUACUUCAUUGUGUACGCAGGCUGACAACUUGUUAUUUUAACACGCUUUCUGAUUGGAAAUAAAGGAGGGAUGAUGUCGCUUAUAGGAGAAUAAAAAAACAUGAGCUGGUG